GUGUGUUUAUUCUAUUAUAAUUGCUUUUAUAUGCUGUUCUUCUUCUUCUUCUCCUUCUUCUUAUUCCUACUAUCUACUUCUCUUCUUUCUCACUGCUCUCCCUCGUCCACGGUGCUCGUGGAAGCGCAUGGCGGCGGCGGUGUGGGACGUGGCUGCUGCUGCACCCUUGGUCUCUCCAUCCAGGUCCCUCCUCGCCCGCACCCAACCGGCCAUGUACACACAUUAUUUCUACAUCGUCAGAAUCCCCCUCUCCUCCCCAUCACAGUCCAGCAACUUCUACACCAAUUGCUCCUCCGCCGCGCCCGCAAUGCCUCCGAACACCCCCCAGCCCCGGCACCGCCACAAAGCAGCCAAUCGCGCCUAUCCGCUUCUGCGCACGUGACUGUUAUCACUCACGUGACAGGACUCAGAACUGCGGCAGCCGCAAAGUAGUUUCAGGCACGGAAAUGCGGCUCGGAGCAGAAUAAUUAUUUGC